GGGGGGCCGGUGCCGUGUGCGCGUGCAGGGGCGGCGCUCCCGGCCCGGCGGCCGCUGCUGCCCGGCCCGGGGCGCGGGGAGCGGCAGCACGGGCAGGACGGUCCCCGGCUCGGCGGGCCCGGCGCGGCCGCGCUCGGAUUAUGAGGGAGCCAUGAGGCCGCUGCGGGGCUGGCUGCUCGCCGCGCUGCUCUCGCUCACCCCGCGGGCAGGUCCCGCGGCGCAGGCCGGCUCGCUGCCGCGCAGGCCCCCCCGUGCCGGCUGGCAGGACGGGCGGGUGGCUUCCCAGGUCACCCACCCCAGCCGGCUGGUGGGACAGAGCGCGGGGGGCGAAGUGCCGAAGCACCAGCUGGACACCAGGGUCCGGAAUGAGUCGGGAGGAGGAGGAGGCCCCGGUCUGCACCUGGCACAGGUGAGCUUCGUGGUGCACGCCUUCGGCUCGGCCUUCACCCUCGACCUGCGCCUGAACCACCACCUCAUCGCCUCCCACUACGUGGAGCGACACGUCGGCGUGGGCAGCAACGGCAGCCACAGCACGGGCGCGGGGGAGCACUGCUACUACCAGGGCCGGCUCCGGGGGCAGCCCCGCUCCUUCGCCGCUCUCUCCAGCUGCCACGGCCUGCACGGGGUGUUCUCGGACGGCCGAGCCACCUACCUGAUCGAGCCCCAGGCGGGCGCCGAGCACGGGCAGCAGGGCCUUCGACCACACAUCGUCCAGCGUGUCCCCAGCUGUGCCCAACCGGGCUGCCUCUUCCCUGCGCUGAACCAGCACCUCGCGGGCGGGUUACCAAAGCUGCGGCGGCGGCGGCAGGUCCGCCGAGCCCAGCACACGGUUCACAGCGAGACCAAGUACAUCGAGCUGGCCGUGGUGAACGACCAUCAGCUGUUCCUGCAGCUCCGCAAGUCCGUGGUUCUCACCAGCAACUUCGCCAAGUCCGUGGUCAACCUGGCUGACAUGAUCUACAAGGAGCAGCUGAACACCCGCAUCGUGCUGGUGGCCAUGGAGACGUGGGCCUCGGAGGACCGGAUCCGCGUGGGGGAGGACUCCCUGGAGACCCUCAAUGAGUUCGUCAAGUACCGGCGCGAGGGGCUGGCGGAGCAGAGUGACACCGUCCACCUCUUCUCGGGUCGGACGUUUCAGAGCAGCCGCAGCGGCGCCGCCUUCGUUGGGGGCAUCUGCUCACCCACCCGCGCCGGGGGUGUCAAUGAGUAUGGCAACGUGGCGUUCAUGGCCGUGACGCUGGUGCAGACGCUGGGGCAGAACGUGGGCAUGAUGUGGAACAAGCACCACACGGCAGCAGGGGACUGCCGCUGUCCGGACUCGUGGCUGGGCUGUAUCAUGGAGGACACAGGGUACCACCUCCCGCACAAGUUCUCCCGCUGCAGCAUUGACGAGUACAACCAGUUCCUGCAGGACGGCGGCGGCAGCUGCCUCUUCAACAAACCCCUCAAGCUCCUGGACCCUCCGGAGUGCGGCAACGGCUUCGUGGAGGCGGGCGAGGAGUGCGACUGCGGCACGCUGGCGGAGUGCGCCAAGAGCGGGGGCAACUGCUGCAAGAAGUGCACGCUGACCCACGACGCCAUGUGCAGCGACGGGCUGUGCUGCAAGGGCUGCAAGUACGAGCCGCGCGGCGUGUCCUGCCGAGAGGCCGUGAACGAGUGUGACAUCCCUGAGACCUGCACUGGGGACUCCAGCCAGUGUCCCCCCAACCUCCACAAGCUGGAUGGGUACUUCUGCGAAAACGAGCAGGGCCGGUGCUAUGGCGGGCGCUGCAAAACCAGAGACCGGCAAUGCAACGCGCUGUGGGGCCGCGGCUCGGCUGAGCGCUUCUGCUACGAGAAGCUGAACGUGGAGGGCACCGAGAGGGGCAACUGCGGGCGCGAGGGCCUGGGCUGGCUGCAGUGCAACAAGCAGGACGUGCUCUGCGGCUUCCUCCUCUGCGCCAACAUCUCGGGCGCGCCGCGGCUGGGCGAGCUCAGCGGCGAGAUCGCCACCACCACCUUCUUCCACCAGAACCGCUACGUGGACUGCAGGGGAGGCCACGUGCAGCUGGUGGACGGCUCAGACCUGAGCUACGUGGAGGACGGGACGCCCUGCGGGCCCGGCAUGUUGUGUCUCGACCACAAAUGCCUUCCAGCCAGCGCCUUUAACUUCAGCUCCUGCCCCGGCAGCUGGGACGGGAAGAUCUGCUUCGACCAUGGGGUUUGCAGCAACGAGGGCAAGUGCAUCUGCCGGGCGGAGUGGACGGGGAAGGACUGCAGCGUGUACGACCCCAUCCCCGAGCCGAAGCCGACGGGGGAGACCGAGCGAUACAAGGGUCCCAGUGGCACCAAUAUCAUUAUCGGCUCCAUCGCGGGGGCCGUGCUGGUGGCUGCCAUCGUCCUGGGGGGGACAGGCUGGGGAUUUAAGAACAUCCGCCGCGGAAGGUACGACCCGGCGCAGCAGGGAGUGUAACCACCCCCCCCAUCAUCUCCUCCUCGUCACCGUCACUGUCACCGUCACCGUCCGGCAGCCUGACGGCGUGGGAGCCCCGCUCGGGCCGUCUGUCCGUGUCGCUGUGUGUCCAGCCGUGCUGUCUCCAUCUCUGUGCCCCCCCCAGCUCUAAAGAGGAGGCGGGUUGGGGGGGGGCCCGGCAGCAGUCCCCCCCGUGCUGGCUCUUUUCGGCUCAGUGUCCCCCCAUGUGUCCCCCCAGUGUCACCGUCCCCCACUAAACGCACCCCCACUUCUGUGUUGCAGGUCCGGGGGGGCCUGAGCGGGGCCGCUUUGCCCCCCACACCCCCCCCGCCAGCGCCUCAUUAACAGCAAUUAAACGGGGAGAGUGCAGCCGAGGAGGAGAGCGGGGGGGGCACCCGGCCCCCCACCCCGACCCCCACCUCACCGCCAUGAAUGUACGGGCACCCCCGGCCCCCCAGCACUGGGAUGAAUGUACCUGUGGGGGUGAGAGGGACCCCCAGCCCCACAUCCCCCCCAUCCUUCCAGCAUCUUCCAGCUUUGGGGCCUGAGGCCCUCAAACGGCAGCCCAGUAUAGCCCAGUAUAGCCCAGUAUAGCCCAGUACCCCCAGUGCAGGGCCUGGGAGCCGUGUGACCCCCCACUCCAGGUACCACAUCCUGGGGGGCCAGGUCUGCACUCCCAGAUGUCCCCACCCCAAUAUCAUCUCCCCCACCAUGUCAAGGCCACGUGUCCCCGAUGUCCCCAGCAGUGGGGACGGGCACCCAUGGGUGCCAGGCUCUCACCCUGGGGCCGCUGAAGCCCAAACUGGUGGCACUGGGGCAGGUGACAGCAGGGCCCACCCUGGGGCUGGGGACAGGGUGAGUCCUGGCACUUAGGGCUGAGUGGCACGUGCUGUGUCCCCCCCAUCCCCAUGGCAGUUGGGUGGGAAGUGUCACCUCGUCCCUGUGGCACAUGUCACCCCAAGGGGUGGCUCCGUGGGGCCACCCAACCCACACAGGCCCCUUCCACCACUGGUGACACUCAGCAUUGUAGGGGGGACACCGCUGGUGACACUCAGCAGGAGAUGACAACCUGUGUCACCUCCAUCCGCUCCCUCACCCAGUAUCCCCACAUGCCACCAUGUCCUUUUGCUGUGGGGGUGACCGAGGUGUCCCCAAGGCCAGCCAGUGCCAAGGACAUGGUGGCCUCAGUGUUGCGUGACAGCCCAGCUGGGCGCCUGCAGCACCCAUGGGUGCCUUGGCUGUGGUGUCACCACACAGGGGACAGGCCAGCAGCGUGCCAGGGCGUCAGGAGGUCACCGCAGGACAUGGUGGCUGGGUGUCCCCAGGCUUGGCUGGGUGGCUCCUUGCAUGACACCAGUGAUGGGCUGGGGGACACAGGGACCUGGGGCCACCGUGUGCACGGGGGAGUCUGGACCAAUUCACUCACCCCCCACCCACAGUCACCACAAUGUCCCCACAGCUGUCACGGCCACAGUGCCGGGGUUGUCCCUGCGGUGAGGGGACACCCCUGUUUCAGAGCAAGAAGCCACUGUUGUCACUGGGUAUGGGGACAUUAUUAUUAUAUAUAUAUAAAUAUUGGGGUUUUCUUAAUGAUUUUAAUGCUGUAAGGUCAAGCGGUGCCACUGGUGCCGCUGCGGCCGCGCCGGGAAGGGCCCAUGGCCAGGACAGGGGGGGUCCCCAGUGCUUCCAGAGCCCCCCAGGACCCCCAGCGGGCUGCGCCCAUGGGCCCCAUCCGGCACACGGUGGGGGACAAGCACACCGGGGCGGUGACAAACCCCCGCCCCGCCACCUCCCCGCCAGCCGCUCGCCACCCGCACCGCUCGCUCCGCGCCACCGGGACGGGCCCCGGGUGUGGGCCGGGGCCUCCGCCGCCCCCCGAAACGCCCGCGCCCCGUCCCCUGCUUUGCACGCGCUGGGGACGCGCCGGAGCUGCCGAUGCCGGAGCCGCCGCAGGCUCCUCGCUCGGCCCCGGGAGCCUCCUGCAAUGUCGCAGAAUUUAUUUACAAUAAAGAUUUGGAAAAGGA